AUGAACCCAAAGUUGUCUAUGGUAUUACCAUUGCCGUAAUUGAAACCUGAAAAUAAUGAUGAAUACGAGAAUAGAAUCACUUUAAGAUUAUAUAUAGAGAAGUUGCUAAAUUAAAAAGUGGGGAGGUAUGAUUGAUGUAAAAUAGAUAUCUGGAGAUUAUUUCAGGUAUUGCAAGUUUGGCUAGUGUAGGAAUAUAUAUAGUUUCAACUUAUUUUGAUUCAGUUGAGUGGCUAGCUACUUUAGAUAUUGUAGUUUGUUCUUUAUAUUUGACAGAGUAUUUAUUAAAAUUGUUUGCUGCUUAACAUAGAUUGUAAUACAUAUUUUCUGAUUUUGCUAUAAUUGAAUUGUUAACUGUGUUCCCUCUUUUCACAAUUUAAUCUGUAGAGAAUUGGAAUUAUUUAUAACGAUUGAUUAAUAUUUCUCGAAUUUUAAGAGUGUUCAGAAUCAUAAGGAUGAUCAACAAAAUUUAAUCAUUAUCAGAUACUGAAUAUGGAGGAGUGACAAGAUAAAUCUAUGUAAUAUUUUCAACUGUUACAACUAUAAUAAUUGUAACAGCUGGAGUACUAUAUGCAUUCGAAUUACCAAAAAGAUAAGAUUUAAUUGCAAAUGAUCCAAAUAGAGGUUGCUCAAAUCAGGUUGAUAAAUGCAAUUUUCAUGAAAUGAUAUACUUCACUAUAGUAACAUUGUCUACAGUAGGUUAUGGUGAUGUGAUUCCUUAAAGUGAAGAAGGUAGAGUAUGUGUUAUUGUACUUAUUAUUAUUGUACUUGUUGUGAUACCAAAAUAGAUGAAUGAAUUAAUUAGAUUAAUGGGAUUGCAAAGUGUUUAUGCAAGAUCAUUCUAUAAACCUAAUCAUGAAAUUCCUCAUAUUAUCAUUUGUGGUUAUGUUAGUGUUGCUUCAUUAAAGAACUUUUGUAAUGAAUUAUUCCAUUAAGAUCAUGGAGGUUAAGAUAAAAAUGCCAUCAUUUUGAAACCCUCAAUUCCUAAUACAGAAAUGGAAGACUUCUUACAUAAUGAGCGUUAUGAAAUGUUUCUUCUUUAUCUAUAAGGAAAUCCUAUGAUAGAAAGAGAUUUAAGAAGAGCAGCUGUAACUUAAGCAAAAGCUUGUGUUAUCUUAACUAAUAAAUAAAUAGUAGAUAGUCAUUCUGCUGAUCAUAAGAAUAUUCUUAUUGGCUUAUUGAUAAAGAAAUAUGUGAAUCAUUUAACUGGUUGUAAUAUUAGAUUAUGUAUGUAAUUAAUUAAACCAGAGAGUAAAAUGCAUUAUAAAUAAUCAUUGGGAGUUAAAAUGAUAACUGAUUAAAUUAUUGUAGUUGAAGAAUUUAAAAUGAAUUUAUUAGCCAAAUCUUGUUUUUGUCCUGGCAUUAUUACCCUAUUAGGUAAUUUAGUUACUUCUGCAGGAGAAUAGAAAGAGAGCUUAGAUUCAGAAUGGCUUACUUAAUACACUGAUGGAAUGGGACAUGAAAUCUAUAGAACUGAUUUGAGUUUCAAAUUUCAAGGCAAAACUUUUAGUGAAGUAGCAGCUAUUGUUUAUAAUGAAUUCUCAGGCAUACUUUUUGGUUUGGAAUUAGAUUUUGGAAAAUAAGCAAUUAUUACACUUAAUCCUGGAGUAUUCAUUAUACCUAUUGAAUAUAAAGUCCAUGCAUAUAUUAUUUGUUAAGAUAAAAAAGUGGCAGAUCUUGUAGCUACUUAUGAUAUGACAACUGAAGAAAUUGCUAAUUAUCAUUUCUCUUUGUCUUAACCAAAUACUUCUGAUAAAGACAAACCUAAUGAAGAAGAAGAGAAUUAAGCAGAAGAUCAUUUAUUGUCUGGCAAAGAUCAACUUGAUGAUUAAUAUAUUAUAGAGAAAGAUUAUCUCCUUCUUAAUGAACCUGUUUCUUUAAUGGAUGCAACUUCAAUAUUUUUAUUAGAAUAACCUGAGAUCAAUAAUCAUAUUGUUGUUUGUGGAAUCCAUCCUUCAAUCUAUUAUUUCUUGCUUCCCUUAAGAGCCAAGUAUUUAAAGGAAAUUCAAUAUGUUGUUAUCUUAGCACCUGAAAAACCUACAGAAAUUUGGGAAUAUAUCAAUCGAUUCCCAAAAGUUAAAUUUGUAUAGGGAUCUCCACUUAUUUCUGAAGAUUUAUAAAGAGCUAGUAUUCAUUGUGCAGAUAAAGCUGUAAUAUUUGCAUAAAGUUCUGAUGCUAACAAAACUGAGAGUGAAGAUUUUUUAGAUUAAAUGCAUGAUGCAGAAAGCAUUUUUAUUUACAAAGCUAUUAAAAAAAUUAAUCCUUCUAUUUAGAUCAUGAUUGAAUUAGUAUCAAGUUCUAAUAUUUAAUUUCUACUUGAUAAAGAUUAUAAAUAUCAAAAUGAUUUCAAAUAUGAAUUAGUAAGUAUUAAUUUAAUUAGACACCUCUAUAAGCCUCAGGAGAAGUCUACAUUUCUGCCAUGAUUGACACACUCACUUGCCAAGCUUAUUACAAUCCACAUAUCGUAACCAUAUUGUAAUAAAUUCUCACUGGCAUGAGAUAGUCAAACCCAAUAACCAAAGCUAUUGUUGAAGAUUUAGACAUCAAGGAUUCAAAUCUAUAUCAAGUUCCAGUUCCUGAAGAUUAUUUAGUAAUUUUUAUUUUUUCAUUUAGAAUAAAACUUUUGGAGAAUUAUUUAAUUAUUUGUCUAUUGAAAGACACUUGAUUCCUUUGGGUCUAUAUAGAUUGGCUAAAGCAGUUGAUAAUAAGCAUCCAUAUGUUUAUACUAAUCCUCCAGCAGAAACGACUCUUACUCCUAGGGACAAGGUCUUUGUAUUAGCUCAUUAAUUACCUGCAGAUUUGAGUGGUAUACCAUUCGAUGCUAAUUCUGAUCCAAAACAGUUAAAUAACAAAGAAGUAGAAAAUAAUAAGGCUUUGAACUUUCUUUUAGAAAAAUUAAAAUAAUAAACUUCAUCUUAAAAUGGUGUCAAUAGGGUAGGUGAGUAAUUAUAAUUAUAAUAUAAUUAGUAAAGUCAAAGAAUGAUAAGACUGUCAUAUUUUAAGGUUAACAAAUUAAAUAAGCUAGAAACAUAGAAGCAGAAAGCAUGAAUCUAAGUAAUGAUUAAAAUAAUAUAAUUAAGAUUCGGCAGCUUUAUAGGUAUUAGAUUAAGUGAAUGAAUAAAUUUCUAUAGUUAAAGAUUAAAUAAAUGAUAUAAAAUCUAAUUUGACAUAAAAGGAAGAUGAGAUAGUUGAAAAGUGUAGAAGAGCUAUCAGAUAUGAAUUAGGAACAGUGAUUUAUUGA